CCUCGGCCGCGCUGCGUGGCUGCGUGACCAUGGACGUGGGCGCCGACGAGUUCGAGCAGCGCCUCCCUCGGCUGCAGGAGCUUGUCCUGGGCGCGGACUUCGUGGGUCUGGACAUAGAGUUCACGGGCCUCCGCACCAGCCUGUCUGGGCCUCAGCAGAUCAGCCUUUUCGACUUGCCGUCCGAGUGGUAUCUGAAGGCCCGGCGGAGUGCUCGGCAGUUUACGAUCUGCCAGAUUGGACUGUCUGUGUUCUGCAGCGUCCAAGGAGAGCCAAACAAGUACGUAGCCCAUUCAUAUAACUUCUUUCUCUUCCCCACAACGUUUGGGAUUUUGGACUCGGAAUUCUCUUUCCAGGCUUCUAGUGUUCAGUUUUUGAAUCAGUAUGGCUUUGACUACAACAAGUUUCUCAAAAACGGAAUCCCCUACAUGAACGAAGAACAGGAGAAGAUCAUCAAGCACAGCAUCCUGACCGGGAACUGGAGAGUUCGCAGUUCCCUGGAUAAGGACCAAAUCAAGGUGGUGAUCGACGAGGUGACGCGGUGGCUGGCCCUGGCAGAGGAAGGCGACUGCAUGACCCUCCCUGGCAUCACUGGCUUCCAGGCCUUCACGGUCCAGCUGGUGCUGAAGCAGGCCCUCCCUGGCAUCCAGGCAGUGCGGACGGACCACGGGGUGACAGUGAAGAAGGCGAGCAAGCAGCAUCGCUGGUACCUCGAGGGCGCCUCCUGUGACCAAGAGGGCUGCUGGAAGGAGAAGCUGCUUCUGUCCGCCAGGGGCUUUUCCGUGUUUUUCCAGAUGCUGGUGAAAGCCCAGAAGCCCCUGGUGGGGCACAAUAUGAUGAUGGACCUGCUGCAUCUGCACGAGAAGUUCUUCAGGCCCCUCCCAGAGAGCUACCAUCAGUUUAAGCGGAACAUCCACCGGCUGUUUCCGGUCCUCAUCGACACCAAAAACGUGACCAAGGACAUAUGGAAGGAACUGAAUUUCCCAAGGGUUUCAAAUCUUUCUGAAGUUUACGAAGUCCUGAACAGCGACUUGAAUCCCACCAAGAAUUCUGGGCCAGUGAUCGUUCACGCCAGCGAGUGCGAGAAAUACGCAGAGACAAAGUACCCGCACGAGGCAGCCUACGACGCCUUCCUCAGCGGCUCAGUCCUUUUGAAAGUGGCGCACCUGCUCCUGUGGAGACUGCACAGUGCCGGCCCCACACCCGAGCCCUCCUUCGCCCUGUGCCUCGAGGCGCUGGCCCCCUACCUGAACCAGGUGAACCUGAUCCGCGCCGGGGUCCCGAAGAUCAACUUUUCUGGCCCCGAUUACCCCAGUGUCCGACCCCCCAUCCUCCUCCUCAGCGUCAGCAGGUGGCCGGGGGUCAGCGAGGAGCAAGUCUACCGCGAGUUCCAGAACCUCUGCAAGUUCGACGUCCGGCGACUCACGCGGAACCAGUUCCUGCUCCUGACCAAUAAGUUCAAGGAUGCCCGGAGCGUCCUCAAGGAGCACAGGGGCCACCCCACCCUGCGGGUCGCCCUCUAUCGGCACUGGAGACACUCGCCGGACGUGAGCUGCCUGCUGCAAGUCUGUGGCGUCGUGACCACCUGGGCCCUGCUCGCGUUCCUCCUGGGAAGACCCAGCCCCUGACUCUGUGCGGCCGCCUGCGGUUCCGCCUCCACGCCCGUCGAGACGGCCAGCCCGCGUCUCGUUCGCGCGCACCAUCUUCGGUUUGCAGAUGGAUCUGCCUGGUCCGUCCUUCCAAGGAAUUUUGCCACGGUUUCAACCAGAAAGUCUGUAACCACGAUCAGUGAUAAAGAAAUCCGUGGGCGGCUCUCCCUCCCAGGAGCAUGCCUGCGAAAGUCCCCUCCCUUCUUCUUACCCCGGGCAAGUUGCCGUU